AUGGCCCUUGGUCCAGAGCAUCCGGAUACGCUAGUUCAGAAGGUUGGGUUGACAGGGGUAUGGUAUGAAAAUGGCCAGUACAAGAAGGCUGAACAGCUGUUAGAAAGGGUAGAGGAACCACUUGAGGCUGCUUUUGGUGCAGAAGACUGUAAAACAUCAACUGCAAAGACUACGUGGGCAUUGUGCCUUUGGUCACAAGGCCAGUAUGACAAGGCAGAGGACCUUCUAGUUCAUAUAAUAGAGGCCUACAAUAGCACAUUGGGUCCAGAACAUUUACAUACCCCACAAAGGAGGGCUCAACUGGCAUAUAGGUUGGUUGGUGCAUUCGAUCCACUAGUUAUGGUGAGUAUGGAACAGUCUGCAGCGAUCCUAUUAGAACAGCAUCGACUGGCAGAGGUUGAAGGACUUCUCACAUAUGCGUUGGAGAAUCAGCUGAGUGCAAUUGGUCUCGAAGAUCGAGAGACACUCGAGACAAUGUCUGCCCUAGGGUCAAUCCUUAUGAUGCAGCGUCGUUACGCAGAGGCCGAAGUGAUGGCUGCAGAGGUACUGGAAAUGCAACAGAAGGUUCUUGGCAGAGAACAUCCAGACACGUUGGCCGGCAUGCAUAAUCUGGCCUCAAUAUUCUUCCAUCAGGUUCGACUGACGGAUGCUCUGAAGUUAUCAGUGGACUUCAUGCAGAUACAAGGUACUCGGGAAAGAGAAUCCGAAGAUGUUAACAACCAUGCAUAA